GAGGCACUGCGUCCAGGCGCGUGGACGCGCUCGAGACCGUCACUGAGGAUUCGACCGAAACCGUAAUCUGUGUCGUCGUCUGUAGUAGCGCCCGAGACGUGUCUAACUGCCGGAGACUGCGUUUCUCACGUGUGAAAUCGUCGCCCUUGUGUCCGUGUGUGUGUGUGUGCGUGUGCGUGUGUUUCCUCCCCUCCCGAAAAAAAAAAAACAGAAAGAGAGAGAAAAAGGACGCGAUGUUGACGGAAUAUCCACCUUAGGAGAACGGGAACGGCAGGCACGCGACCUGUUCCACCGGCUCCACUGCGGAACGAUGCGCUCGAGACUCUGAGCGGAAGAAGAACAAUUUCCCACCGGAUUCCGUGUACUUUCUGCUAUAGCUAUAAACCCCAAACCGAUUCAAAGACCUCGUUCCUGCCUCCCACACACUUUAGAGAUGAUGAAGGUAAACACAAGGACACCGGUGGAUUUCCGCCGUUCCGACUCUUCAACUUGAACGGAUUUAACGGGGAAAAGAAACAUGUCACGGAAACCGAUCUAAUCCGCGAUUAGAAUGCUGGAAAUGUGUAAAGAAGACAUCGGGGGCUGAAGCCGAGAAUCAUGGGAGUCGCAGUACGCCUGGCACUGAUGGCCUGGGCUUUGCUGGGCUGGUCUCAGGCAGCUGAGAGCGCACCCUCUCUAAGCGUGGCGGUGAUCCUGGGAGAGACUCGCGGUGUCCCUGAACGGGCAUUGCGUCCAGCACCAGGCAUCGGCGCACCACUGGACAUCAGCGUGCUCGCCGUGCAAGUGAACCACACAGACCCCGGCAGCAUGCUCACCCACCUGUGCCAGCUCAUGGCACGCCAGCGAUUGCAUGGCCUUGUGUACGGCGACGGAACUGACCAGGAAGCUAUCGCCCAGAUGCUGGACUUUGUCUCUUCCCAGACUGCCAUGCCCAUCCUGGGCGUCCACGGGGGUGCAGCCAUGACCAUGGCUGAGAAGGACGACAGCUCGUCGUUUUUCCAGUUCAGCGCAUCGCUCCAUCAGGAGGCCCUGCUCAUGCUGGCUGUCAUGGAGGAGUACGACUGGCACGUGUUCUCCGUGGUGACGACCAGGUUCCCCGGCCACCAGGAGUUCGUGGCGACCAUCCGCGUGACCGUGGAGCACAGUUUCGUACGCUGGGACCUGCAGAGCGUGGUGACGCUAGACGGCGUGGGCGAGCCCGAAGACCGAGCGCACGUGCAGCUCAAGCGCAUCCAGUCGCCCGUCAUUCUGCUCUACUGCUCCAAGGACGAGGCCGAGCUGGUGCUGGCCGAGGCCCGGUCGCUCGGGUUGGUCGGCGCCGGCUUCGUGUGGAUCGUCCCGAGUCUCACGUCCGGCAGCCCCGAGCGUACAGCGGAAACCUUUCCGCCGGGGACCAUUUCCAUAGCGUACGACGAGUGGGACUAUCCGCUGGAGACGCGCGUGAGGGACGCGGUGGGGAUUUUCAGUCACGCCGCCGCCGCCAUGUUUCAAGAGCAAGGACGCAUACCGGACGGGACGGUCAGCUGCUCGGGUCAAGCGGAGAAGCCAGAGGUUCCUCCCAGCGCGUUACGCAGGUAUAUGAUGGGUGUAAAUCUGGAGGGCAGAGAUCUGUCGUUCAUGGACGACGGUUAUCAGGUGAACCCUAAACUGGUGGUUAUCGUACUCAACAACGAGCGGGAAUGGGAGAAGAUGGGCCGCUGGGAGAACCAUUCAUUGAUACUGAAAUUUCCAGUGUGGCCACGGUACAACUCCUUUGGUGAUGCAGAAGCGGACGAAAAUCACCUGAGCAUCGUGACAUUAGAGGAGAAGCCGUUUGUUAUUGUGGACGACGUGGACAUUCUGACGGGGACCUGCGUCCGUAACUCUGUCCCCUGCAGGAAACACAUCAAAGAUAACAGUACAGGUGGAUCGUAUGUAAAGCAGUGCUGUAAGGGCUUUUGUAUCGAUAUCCUAAAGAAGAUCGCCAGGAACGUAAAGUUCACGUAUGACCUUUACCUGGUGACUAACGGCAAACACGGCAAGAAAAUCAACAACAUGUGGAACGGCAUGGUGGGCGAGGUGGUUUAUAAGAAGGCCGUGAUGGCCGUCGGUUCAUUGACCAUAAACGAGGAGAGGUCAGAGGUCAUCGACUUCUCUGUGCCGUUCGUGGAGACGGGGAUCAGCGUCAUGGUUUCCCGCAGCAACGGAACCGUAUCGCCCUCGGCCUUUCUGGAGCCGUUCAGCGCAUCGGUGUGGGUGAUGAUGUUCGUCAUGUUACUCAUCGUCACGGCAAUCGCCGUCUUCCUGUUCGAGUUCAUCAGUCCACUGGGCUUCAACAGAAACCUCGCACAGGGCAAAGACCCCCACGGUCCAUCUUUCACAAUCGGCAAGGCCGUCUGGCUUCUGUGGGGUCUCGUAUUCAAUAACUCUGUACCAGUACAGAACCCCAGAGGCACGACCAGUAAGUUCAUAGUGUCCGUGUGGGCCUUCUUUGCCGUGAUCUUCCUGGCCAGUUACACUGCGAACCUGGCUGCCUUCAUGAUCCAGGAGGAGUUCGUGGACCAGGUCACUGGGCUCAGUGACAGAAAAUUCCAGAGCCCGUAUUCCUUCUCGCCGCCAUUUCGUUUUGGUACAGUCCCAAAUGGCAGCACUGAGAGGAACAUCAGGAAGAACUACCCAGAUAUGCACCAGUACAUGGUCAAAUACCACCAAUCCGGCGUCCAGGACGCAUUGGUCAGCCUUAAGACGGGCAAGCUGGAUGCAUUCAUCUACGACGCGGCUGUGUUGAACUACAUGGCAGGGCGAGACGACGGAUGUAAGCUGGUGACCAUCGGCAGCGGCUACGUCUUCGCCACCACCGGUUACGGCAUCGCCCUCCAGAAAGGAUCCUACUGGAAGCGGCAUGUGGACCUUGCCAUUCUAGGGAUCAUCGGAGAUGGUGAGAUGGAGGAGCUGGAGGCUCAGUGGCUCACGGGUAUCUGCCAUAAUGAGAAAAAUGAAGUGAUGAGCAGUCAGCUGGAUGUGGACAACAUGGCUGGUGUGUUCUACAUGCUGGCAGCUGCCAUGGCGCUCUCUCUGAUCACCUUCUGCUGGGAACACCUGUUCUACUGGCGACUGCGGUACUGCUUCACUGGACUAUGCUCGGGGCGACCUGGACUUCUUUUUACAAUAAGCAGGGGUAUCUGGAGUUGUAUUCAUGGUGUUCACAUUGAGAUGAAGAAGCUUCCUGUGUUGGAUUUCAGUCCUCAGGCCAACAUGUUGCACCUGCUGAAAUCGGCCAAAGAGAUUACGACUCUAGGGGUAACCUCACCUAAACGGCCCAUCGCUAGCAUCCUCCCCCCUACACCCGGACUGCUAGAACUUAUUAGUGGUAGCAAAGGCAAUAACCUUGCUCCAAAAGAGGCGAUCUAUAACAAUACCAACACCAUGCUUGCAAACCGCCACAAAGAGCCUCUAAACAACACCCUUUUGCCUGGUCAGUGUGCCCUUAGCCUUGCUGAUGCCCAGUCUGGUGUGGCAGUCAGCGGAGGCACAGGAGGAGGUAGUGGUGGUGACUCGGGAGGACUGCCUGCCUCCAAAUCCCGUGCUCUCUGGAAAAAGUCAGUCGAAACUCUGCGACAGACCCAAGGACCAUCCCAAAAUUCCCCACCUUCCUCCGCACCAGUCUUUGAGCCACAUGCAACUAUGAAAAGCCAGAGGUAUUUGCCUGAAGACCUGCCUGCACGCUCAGACUUGUCUGACAGUUCUGGCCGCAUGGACCUUCAAAAGCAGCACAAGGUCAAAGAGACGCUCCGGAAGCGUAACCGUCUGCCACGGGACCUAAGCGACGUGGAACUCUCUGCAUUGCCUGGCCAGCAGAGCCAGCAGAGCAAUCACAGUGCUCAGAUAUAUUCCCAGAAUAGUCAGAGCAGCCAGAUCUACACCAUUGACUCUGUAGACCAGGAGCACGGACUACACUACCCGGACAUAUUCAACGAGCACAGAGACAACAAGCACCGCCCUUCGUCUUCUUCAGAGCAACAGCCAAUACUGCAGCUUAACAGCAAUCUGUUCCCUCAGGCUCACGAGCCGGACGUCAUGCAGAACGCCACGACUGCUGCCAAGGAGAAAAAGUACAAUACUUACGGAAAGCCUGGUGGGGUAGGACUCAGUCCAGCAGUGACCACUCCUGCCCAGGACCACAGACACACCCACUGCCGUAGCUGUCUUUCAAAGUUCUCCAACUAUUCUGGGCUUUAUACCAUGCGACCUCCUCAGUAUCGCUGUGAGGCCUGUCUGCACUCUGCCAACCUGUAUGACAUAAGUGAGGAUCAGUUCCUGCACCCUAACGCAGGUGCCAUUCGAGGCGGGAGUGUAGACAGGAGCUUCUGCGCAUUUCUGCCACAACCCAAUGCUUCCUUCACGGCCUACCUUCCCCAGAGUGACCAAGAAGGUGAAGGGCUCAUUAGUCACUAUCAAAAUGAGGGCAUUUACAUCCAUCGCCAGCACUCUUAUGAGAACCUGCCUCAAAAGAAUUCUUCACGACGCGUUAGCCUUCAGGACAGCACUCCUCACACUAACCUGCACACGUCCACCAUGGUCCCGGAUAAGCUUCCAAAGAGCCAGUCGGCGCAGCUCAACCACACGCUUGCUUCAGUAGGCGUUAGCGGGCUCGGCAUCGGUCGGCGCAGCAAAUCGAUGUACCCAGCCCGUCCGACCGAGAACCCUUUCCUGCAGACGCUCCGCGACGACCAGCGCCUGGCUCACGGCCGCAGCUCCACGGACAUUUACAAACAGCUGGUGCCACUUACAUUAAGUCCGGUUGUCGACGGCAAGGGGCUCGGCAUAGGGGUGGCAACACCUGACCUCUUUUACCCCGAGCAUGUAAUGCCUUAUGUAGCCCUUUCCCCAGUCGGCACAUUCCCAGCCCCGAGAGCGUUGAGUGCCGGUGGUGCACGACGCGUCUACAAGAGGAUGCCCAGCAUUGAAUCCGACGUCUGAAGGGUUGAAAAAAAACAAAAACAAACUGUGAACCAAUGAGAUAUCGACUCUGAAAAAAAAACGAGCGCUGUACAAAGCAUCAGUAUUUCCACAUGGAUAUGGAUUCAUAUCGGAUUGUUCUGUACAACCAGGAGUUAAAAAAAAAAAUCGCAUAUUUUCUCACGUUUCCUGCUCUUAAGUAAAUCCGAGUUCAGCAUUUCUUCAGGUCCUCCCCUGUAGUCGAGCGGCAGCUCUGGGUCUUCCACAUAAACACCGAAGACGGCACCAGACACAGACGUGCCGUAGAGAGGAAGUGCGAGCUCCGGGAAAUCGCCGAGGAGUUUUCCGGUUUUUCCAGAACGAGAAAAGAGCAACCAAAAAUUGCCACGUGUGUGACAAAGAAAUGAAGUAAUGAAUUUUCACGACGCCACAAAAAACAUCCACAAGAAAACAAAAUGUACAAAUCCAUGUACAAAUGUACAAAUCCCUAAAAAAUGCACAAAAAUAAACACCCGAAGCCGAAUCAAAUUAAAUCGAAUUAACCGCAUUGUACGAUUUUAAAGCCCACGUUCACAUUACGAGCUUCUCUGCAUAAUUCCGUUUUUGUUUUUAUAUCAGAUCUUAACGGUUCACAUAACGUGAAUGCGUGCGUCCUCGGAAACGGACAGCUGUUUCAAAUCGGAGGUUCCUCUACAAUUUAGCGUAAAUCGGAAAAACAGACUGUUCUCAUAUGUAUCUAGGACCAAAUAUGAACGUGGCUCAGGUCCGAUCUAGAAAAAAAAAAAAAAUCGGAUUUUUGUGUUCACACAGUCGUGGAAAAACAAUCAGGUCUGUGAUGUCAUCCUCCCAAUCGCCGGGAGAUCGUGACGAUGCCGCAGCUCUCCCUGCUCAGGAGACUAGGGAGUGAAAUCGUCCACGCUUUCUCUGGGUGGGAGGGGCAUACUCGCUCUAUCCUACCAAUCACAGCGACACUAGCCAAUCGUAGGCGUCUGUGAGCUCGUGUAUGCGGAAGAAGGCGGAUUCCUUUUCUACGUGUCACACGCAGCAGUUUGAAAAGACUCUGAGAAAGCACGUUAGGCUUCAACCUCGCCAGAAAAUCGGAUUUGUGUCACUUCAACCUGGUAGUGUGAACGUACAGGGGGGGAAACAAUAAUAAUAAUAAUAAUAAUAAUAAUAAAGGAAGACCAAACCUAUCACACAGUGAAAAGGGUUAGCAAAAAAUAUUCCGACCAAACGUCCUACCCUAGAGACUUCUAUUUUUUCAACUGCAUUUUUUUCCUGACUGUGUAAUAUAAGGAACACCUGGUGUACCCCAGGGCCUUAGUUUAGAAUUCCUGAAACUGUUUACCUGCAUGCAGAACACGAGAGCAGGACGACGACUUCUCUGAGCCAUCAGUGUUGGUCACAUACUCAUCGCGUACCACAUCACGAUUAUUUCCGUAGUUGUCUAGGAAACUCAUACGUGACGAGUCGUUUUUACGGUUUUCUACACUGCCAAAUAUUCGAGCAAGCGGCGUGCGGAGCAUGCGGUUGUUACGGUCCAGGAAAAUAGAAAAGAAAAAAAAACGGCAACAAACAAACAAACAAACAGGAAACUACUGAUUCUUCUUAAAAGACACAGAGACAGUGAUGAUGAUGAUGAUGAUGAUGAUGUAAUCUGAAAUCCUGUACCAACAAAAAAUGAUGUCACACUCUGCACCGCAGGACCACACAGGACUUCCCAUACAUCACUUCCUGUAGGAUUAAACCCACCUACGCAUAUCCUACCAUUUAUUUAUUUAUUUGUUUGUUUGUUUAUUUAUUUAUUUUCGCCGUUUUCAGAUAUAAUGGUCAUCCAGCGAUAUGCACAAUAUCAGGUUGCAAUAUAAACUUUAUGUAUGAAAUUUCCUAGCUGAAAUGUUUUAUUAUUGCUUCACUUGAUUUAUGAAUUGUAAUACCUGUGAUAUUCAUUUAUAAAUGUGAUUUAAUUGCGUAUGUAUAUAUAUAUAUAUAUAUAUAUGAAAAAAUAUUAAUAAUAAUAAUAAUAAUAAUAAUAAUAAUAAUAUUAAUAAUAAUAAUAACAGCAUGUUAAUCUUCUCUAUGGUCGACUUUCCGAGUUGUUCCUUUCUCAUUAUUUUAUUUUUCGACGUGAAUGGCGAGUACAUGUUUACAGUGAAUAUGGAAAAAUAUGGUUUCAUCUCAAAUGUGACUUUGAUUCUCAUUUGAAUACAUGGCAGAAAAAGAAAGAAAAAAAAAAAAAAAAAAAAAAAAAAGUCAACCUGGACCACAUUCUGGCUGUGUCUUCAGUUGUUCUGCGUGUGAAAUCGGCGAGGUUUACGUUCGCGGGGCUUGGAAUAAUCCUGCUCAGCACAAACGAUAAAGAAAAUAAAUACAAAAACAGAAGGAAUGUUCAACGGCGUCGGAAGAGAGAGAGAGAGAGAGAGAGAUCUUAAAACGUUGGUGUUUCUCUCUGAAGGCCCAGUUUAGAUUUCAGUAAGUGCUGAGAUGGCAUCACGGCUGCUCCGGGAUUAGGACGACAUGAGUUUGCUCGUUUAAAGACAUUUUACAGUUAUUUAAAAAAAAACUGCACUUUCACAGCACUCAACAUUGAUUUAACGCUAACGCCAAUUCCUGACUCGAAGUGACCCGAUGGUCACUUUACAUCAGAUUUAUUUCCAGAUCACGACCCUGCAGUUCUGAUUUCGAGUAUAACGAUGAUGGAUUUCUGCCAUUUAGAGAUCGGUGCUGGGUUUCGACGAGAACGCGACGUCAUGAUGGACGUGAGCAGUUCGUUCUCCAACCGGUUCUCCAGUGAACAAUGAUCUGUGUUCGGUCUUAACACUAUACACCGUCCUACACACGAAGGUGCAGUAUGCGCUCACUCAGAAACAUGGCAGCAGCUUUACGGGUCGGUUCUCAAAACAAACCUUCAGUUAGGUUCUCAUCUGGAAACUGGGACCUUGGGAAUGUGGUGCCAUUACUUUAAUCACCAGUUUUUUUUUUUACGUUACCAGUUAACACCAGUAAUAAAUCUCCAUCAGAUAUUAUUAAUACUCUCUCGGAAUAUCAUUCAUCACACCAGCGUCUAUCAAUCAUUCUAAUGGCAGAUCAGGUGAAAGGAUGGACGUGUAAAUAAUGCAUACACGUAACAUUCAGGAGUAGAUUAUUAACUGAGAGAGUGUGGAGCGAAACUCUCACCCGGUGCUGCGCAAAAUGGCCGCUUCGGAAACCCUUCUGAACUUUGACCCCGGAAGCACUUAUUCAAGAUAAAAAUAAAAGUUGUUUUUUUUUAAAUAGCUAACACUAAUGAUAUGAAAUGCAGAGUGAUUGAAGUAAAAA